CCUUGUGUAAACCUUCUGGUUUGUUGAGCAUUCUGUUGUUUUGCGCAUCAUCGCUUCACCAUGCCUGGAGAAUUGAGGGGCGAAUUCGCCAAGGAUGCCCGACGGAUGAAGCAGGAACUAGCCAGGAACUUUGUUGCUUCAAUCGGAGGAAUGGAGGAGGAAUCCACCAAGGACGGAGGAAAGAAGGAUUUAUCCACCGGGAACUUACAAUUGAAGGAUGUACCUGCUUUGUUCGGAGGAAUGAAGAACGUAUACACCGAGAACGGAGGAUCGAUGGACGUAGCUGCCUUGGUCGGAGGAACGGAGAGAGAAGGAUUGGAGGAUGUCACUGAGGAGGACGAAGUAAUCCUGUACAGCUUCGAGCGAGCGGAAAUGUAUAAAUUCGAACUUGCAGGAACGGUUAUUCCUUACCCGCGCCACUUUUUCCUUUGCCACUGGACUGGCAGCUGGCCGGCACAGUUAGAUGAGGAGUCGGCCUGUCAGCUCCCUAAGCUUUUUACCAGGGAGCACAAAAGGGCCCUGGGAAAGGCUUCUAAACCGGUGCUGCAGAGCCGGCUGACUAUAUGCCAGCAAAACGAAGAUGCGAGGUUCUCCAAUGGAGAUGUCCUCGUAUUUCCAGACAUGCACGUAUACAGGCGCCUGAGGCUGAAACCCCCAGAAGUCAGAGAAUUUGUAGAACAAGUGAUGGUUAGGGGGGAGAGGUGGUUGUCAACUGGGUCUUUGGAAGUGUUGACUGGUUCAUAUAUCUUUGUAUGUGUUCAUAAACUUCGAGAUAGAAGAUGUGGAUCUUGUGGCCCACCAUUGAUAAAAGAGUUCAACCAAGUGAUUGAAGCCAAGGAUUUGAAACAUAAGGUGUUUGUGACGGGCUGCACACACAUAGGAGGAAUCAACAAUUCAUGCUGCUUUGCAGGCAAUGUGAUUAUUUUCAGUCGUGAUUCCAAGGGAAAGGUUGCUGGCAAUUGGUAUGGAUACGUUACGCCCGAGGAUGUUCAUGAAUUAGUCGAGAAAGAGAUCUUAAAGGGUGAAGUCGUUGAGAGGCUUUGGAGGGGCCAAUUGGAUGCUACUAGUGGCAACUCUCUAGUGUCCUUAUAUGAUGACCGGAGCCCAGUACCAAUUACGGUUAGAGCUAAAGCUGAAGCUGAAGCUAAAGCAAAAAGAGAUGCCGCCUGGGCUGUUGCUAGGGUUAUUAUGUUGGGCAUGGCUUCAGCUGCAGCUGCUACUAUUGCUGCUUAUGGCAUCUAUCGACGAAGAAGAAUAAGGUGAAGCUAAUUUCCUUGGAAUCCUGUCCUUACAAUAAAGAAAGAGCAUGGUAAAAGUAAAUAGGUAAGUAGUAAGAGUUAAUUGUUGGUGAUUGAUCUCAUAAGAGCAAACCAGACCAGACAGAUGAGGUUGGUUGGUUGGUUGGUUCAGCUCCAUUACUCUUGUUCAAGUUCUUGACAUUUGAUGCAUGCAAUGCAUAAGAGGGGUGGUAAAAUAAUUGCAGCUUUUGCAAUGUAUGCCAUGCCCCUCGAGAUUUUUUUGAGCAUAUAAUAAAUACAUUUCAUUUUGGGAAUGGAUUGCUUUAAA